AUGUGCGUCCGAUUUGUAACGAAAGCUAUCGAAUAUGAAAACAGAAAAUGCUGCAUUAUUUUGCAAAAUGAAAAUGGGCCAUGUGCACUCAUAGCAUUAGUAAAUGUACUUCUCCUAGAUCCUAAAUUUGAAAACAUCACCGGAGAUCUAAAGACCUUGGUAAAUGAUUCAAACAAUGUGGAGCUAGAAGAUAUAUUACAGGCGGUUGCAUCUAUUGCAUUGUAUAUCACAGACAACAACCUCAAUACAACCCAGACAAUACAUGGAAGCUUAGAUGUUGAAUAUUUGAAGGAUGAAUCUGAUAUGUCCAAAUUAUUUGCAAUUUUACCAAGUUUAAACGCAGGUUUAAAUGUCAACCCUAAUUUUGAUGGAACUUUCGAGAAUUCUGCAGAACUUGCGCUCUUUAGGCUAUUUGGCGUACCCCUAGUACAUGGAUGGAUAAUGGAAAACGAUCACAAUGAACUUUCAAAGUUAUCAUAUGAUGAAGCGCUUAAUGUUGUUGCUCAUGCUGAAGAAUUAUGUGAUGAUACUGAACAGCACGAUACCACUAAUGAUACAUGUGUAUUUGAAAAGGCUACCAUUUUAAAAGCGUUUCUUAAUAAUUCCUCGACACAGUUAACAUCUAAUGGUAUACAAUACUUAAUCAAAACCCUAUCCAACAACUCCCUAAGUGUAUUAUUUAGAAAUGAUCAUUUUGCGACAAUUCUUAAGAGGGAUGAUAUAUUGUACACAUUAAUUACAGAUUUAGGGUAUAGUAGACAACCUAGUAUUAUUUGGGAGUCGUUAAUGUCAAUCGACAGUUUCCUUAAUGACUUCUGUGAUAGUCAUUUUAGGAAGAGCGAAGCUAUCCAGGAAGAUAUAUCAGCUGAUAAAGAAAUGAAUGAUAAGGCUGAUGAAGUGAAUUCAAUCGAUAGAAAAAUAGCUUUACAAUUGCAAGAAGAAGAGGAUAGGAUAAUAGCAGAAUCAAUGAAUAAAUCUUUAAAUAAGAGAGUAGACGAACGAAAAUUGAAACCACCACAAAAGUCACAUAAGAAAAAGAUAAAACAUCGAAAAGAUACAACAAAACAUGCCCAACAACUAAGGACUCCAAAAGUAUCUCGACCCCAACAUAAUAGCACCGCUUCAAAUCUGAAAUCUAGUGGUUCCUGUAUAAUUACAUAA